AUGGACAAGAGCAAUAUGGCCACUGAAGGGAGCUAUACGGGCAAGCUGGCGCUCGCAACACUUGCCGCAGAUCUGGGUGUCACCGCUGGCGUACUUAAGGUCGUGCUCGAGGAAGCCUUUGAUAUCAUGCAAGACACCAAUACCGGUGCACCUGGGCUCUUCCUCCACAUGGCAUUGGCUCGGAGAGGCUAUCAAGUCGAUGGACAAGUCUUGUACACCAAGAUCAGCCAGUUCCGCAACAUCUUUGCACGAUCGUUGAGCGACGCACCAGGUCAGAAUUGA